GAUGUUGCCAUGUUGGUAACCUCCUCCUCCCUUCUGGGUUCUCUCACACGUAUGCCCAAAGUUGACCUUUUUUAUUCCCAAAAUAUGUAUGAAAAUGAGAAACACAAAAGAGAACUGAGUCAGUCAGACACACUUAUAGAUGGCUGAUUCUCUCGCAGCCAUUAAACCGCUUCGCUUUGACGAAAUACUUCUCUUUCACACGCUUCUUCUUCUUCUCUUCUUCUUCUUCUUCUUCUCCGGAUUUUAUUGCCAGACGCUAUAAGUUUUUGUGGGUUUUGGGUAUUCUUUGAAUAUCCGCAUCCGGUUCUCUUUCGCGGGCUCGGAUUGGGCUCUUUAAUUUUUUUGUGGGGGAUUGGAUUUGAUCUGUCUGAGAUUUUGGAGAGAACUAAGAUCUGGGUUUUCCAUUUUGUUGGUUGUGUCCGUGCUUGGGUUGGAAACGAGCAAUGCCACAGGAUUCGUCGUCCGAACAAGACCCGGACGACUCCGACACCGAGUUUGUUGAGGUUGAUCCCUCUGGUCGAUACGGUCGGUAUAAAGAGGUUCUAGGAAAAGGUGCUUUCAAGAAAGUAUAUCGAGCUUUUGAUGAAUUGGAAGGAAUUGAAGUUGCUUGGAAUCAGGUUAAGGUGUCAGAUCUAUUACGAAACUCCGAAGGUUUGGAGCGUCUGUAUUCGGAAGUUCAUUUACUCAAGACUUUGAAGCACAAGAACAUAAUCAAGUUUUACAAUUCGUGGGUCGACACCAAAAAUGAGAGUGUUAACUUCAUUACCGAGAUUUUCACUUCUGGAACAUUGCGGCAAUACCGGAAGAAACAUAAACAUGUUGAUUUGAGAGCAUUGAAGAAAUGGUCUAGGCAGAUUCUAGAGGGCCUUCUGUACCUUCACAGUCAUGACCCACCAGUUAUUCAUCGAGAUUUGAAGUGUGAUAACAUAUUUGUCAAUGGGAAUCAAGGCGAGGUGAAAAUUGGUGACUUAGGCCUGGCUGCCAUUCUUCGCCAGGCUCAUUCAGCUCAUAGUGUCAUUGGUGAGGAUUGCAAUAUUAUCAUUAUUAUUUUCCUUUUGAGAUUAGACCUAGUGUGGAAACUGUGUUAUAGUUGCAACAGCAUAAUUCUUUUUGUGACUUCAGGUACUCCAGAGUUCAUGGCACCGGAGCUUUAUGAAGAGGAGUACAAUGAGCUUGUAGACAUUUAUGCCUUUGGCAUGUGCUUGCUAGAGUUGGUGACAUUUGAGUACCCAUAUGUCGAAUGUGCCAAUGCUGCUCAAAUAUACAAGAAAGUGACAUCAGGAAUAAAGCCGGCAUCAUUAGCAAAAGUUACAAACCCUGCAGUUAGAGCAUUUAUAGAAAAAUGUAUUGCAGAAGUCUCUGAACGCUUGCCUGCCAAGGAACUUUUAAUGGAUCCUUUUCUCCAACCAGAUCAGGAUCAUGAAAGUGUAGGUCGUUCUCUACGUCCCAAAACCCAUCAUUCAGAAGGCAGAUCUGAUCAGAUUGAUGUUGGUAAAAGUGCUAAAGAUGUAUCUUCUGAGACAAAUAGAGAUUUCACAGUUCAAGGUCAAAGGAAAGAUGUUAACACAGUUUUUCUGAAACUACGAAUAGCGGACUCCUCAGGUCAUUAUCGCAAUAUCCACUUCCCAUUUGAUAUUGAGGCAGACACUGCUAUUGCUGUUGCUAGUGAAAUGGUAGAGGAGUUGGACCUUACAGAUCAAGAUGUUUCAGCAAUUGCUGAAAUGAUUGACUUAAAAAUUCAUUCACCCAUUCCAGAUUGGACACCAAGAGAACUCCCUGGAGAUAGUUCUGGUGGAGAGGUUUCAAGUCCUGAUUGCUGUGCCUCUGAAGCCAAGGAUGAUGCUUCUCCCUCUACGAAUGAGCCUGUCCCCUCUGGUAGUUUUUCACUGGAAAGAUUGUCUUCGGGUCGUAAGUUUUGGUCUGACUCGCCCAAGGCACUUGGUGGAGCCUCUCCAAAAUCUGGCCUUUCAGUUGUCACGGUAGCUAGCUUGACUGGAGACAAUGAAAACUCUCCUGAUCAUGAAGACACAAAUAAUCCUGAUGUUGAUGAUAUACAUGAACAACCUGAGAAUGAGUGUGUUUCUGAUGAUGAUGAUGAUGAUAAUAGUGAAGAGAAGGAAGCAGGAUCGGAAGCUGUCAAGAUAAUUGCCGAGAAACUUGAGAAUCUGUUAAUGAAGCAGCAACAGGAGCUAAAUGAGUUAAAAAGGAAGCAUGAAUUGGCCAUAUCUGAUCUUUUGAAGGGAGUUCCUCCAGAGAUCCAUCAAAAGGUUUUAAAUGCUUGUAAGCAGAAAAUUCUGGACCAUUAAAUGCACAGUGAGACACCUCUAAACUUAGCAUGUUACAGCUGUGGCCCUUUACAAAUUGGAAGCGGUGUUGUUUCACUUCUCAAACUUGCCAUUGGUCAGUAAUUUAGAUAAUUCAUUAAUUUUCCCUGAAAGAAAAACAGAUUUACUCAUCCAGGAAUGGCUGAAGUUAUUCUGGAAAGGUCCGCGAUCUUUCACUUGAUGAGAUAUUCUUGUAAAGCUCAAAGAUCUUUCACAUGUUGAUAGAGUUGGGAAGCAUGAGUGCGUGGAUGCAAAUCAUGCUGCCGAAUGCAUCUUAAUUGAGAUUUUACGGGGAUGCCGAAUAAAAUAUGGGCGUUGAUGCUGUAUGGGGAGAGAAUGCAGCAAAGUUAUAAGCUUGAGAGUCAUGCUUGUUAAGGAAAUCUACUUUGUAGAGUGAAUGAUGAUGAGUUCAACACAAAUGAUUGAUUGAGCAGAAUCUUCAUUUCACAUACAUCAAGUGAUGCUACUGAGGUUACGCAGGUCAGAUAAGUCGUGCAUGUGUAUAUUAUAAGUCUGCAUAUGCUUAAAGAUAACUACACAUCAUCCUACAAAUAGGUUAAUAGGGGUGAUCAAUAUUUUAUGGAUUGUAUACUUGUAAAUAUGAUUCAUUUACUUUGUUUCAAUGACAUUACUCUGGCUGCUUCAGAAUUGUGCCCGUUUAGUUAAUUAGAUCAUUUAGAAGUGUUGGGUUUCUUGUUCAUGAUUCA